CAGACCUCCAACACGCCCGUGGAUAAGUAGCUGCAGCGGCCCAGACCCGGGACAGCAUGGCCAAGACCGGGUUCUGCGACUCCAAGCCCCUGCUGGACUUACACAUGAAGGACGGGAGGCUGGUGACACAAACCCCUGAAGACAUCAUCAUGGGGCGUCAGGAGGACAACAGGACAGGCUCUGCUGCAGAUGAGUGUGGGGAGAUCUCCAUUGCACUCCUGUACACUCAUGGCUUUCAGGGCCUUCCUAGCCUUCAGACUUUGGUUCCCAGCUUCUUGCGACAUGAAGUAGAGACAGUGCUCGAGAAACUGGACCUCAUUUGGGAUCGGACAUUCGCCUGGGAUAUGUUCUUGGACAUGAUGAGAACCCAGUCACAGAACUCUCUUUCCAACGCUAAUCUGCCCCAUUACUUUACCAAUGCUGCUCGAGGUAUUCUAGUAGACUGGCUCAUUCAAGUACACGAGCUGAUGCAGUUCCAAGAGGAGACACUCUAUUUGGCUGUGCACCUCCUGAACCGUGCGCUGCAGCUGCUGAAUGUGUCCACAGCCAACAUGCAGCUUCUUGGCGUGGUGUGCCUGUUCAUCGCAGCCAAGAAAGAAGAGAGCCUCCUCCCAGAGGCAUCUGGGCUCUGCAGCUUGAUGGACCAUGCAUACACGAAGCAUCAGCUGCUGAGAAUGGAACGUAAAGUCCUGUCUGUGCUCAAGUUCAAUCUGUCCCACUGUCCUGCUCUGCACUUCCUCCUCAUCUUUGCUUCUGUAGCUCGCUGUAGCGCUACGGUGGUGUGGAUGGCUCGUUAUCUGCUGGAGCUGUCCCUCCUGGAGUUCCAGUGUGUGGUGUUUCUGCCUGUGCAACUGGCAGGAGCGGCUCUCUGUUUGGCUCGUCGGGUUCUGCAGGAGCCUCCGACACCAGAGGCAGAGGCUGCCUGGUGUCUGGCCUCCAGCAUUCAUGUUGGCAGUGAGGCCGUUCUGCUGAGGAUCAUGCAAAUUCUAGCUGGUGUUGCAGCCGAGGCUCAUGAGACCUACUCUACUUUUAUUAAAUUUUCCUGCCCAGAGACCAUGCAUGUGAGCAGACACCCAGGUCUGAAGAGCAUUGCAGGUCUGUUGGGUGUGUAA